AUGGUGAAGGGAGCUGCCUUAUUCUUGCAGCAGGGGAACAACUUUCAGGGGCAAAAGAAUCUUCUAAACCACAAGAAUGCAGGUAUGGGGUGUCUGUAAGGUCGGCCUUGUAUCUGUCUAAAAGGGCAGCCUCUCACCGGAGGGAUGCAUGCUAGUUGUCUCUUUCCUGAAUUCAUGCAGAAUACCUGGUGAUACACCCCCACUUUUGUACUAAAUAAUAUCACUUGUCUGGAAAAAAACUAAAACCUUUUGUUCUGUAAGGUCUAUCUAUAGUUGGCCUAUUUAAAACUAUGUGAGGCAUGUAUAAAAUCAUGGCCGUUUGUGUAUGGGAGAUAUCUGAUAAGCUCUUGGGUGAUAUAUGGUGUAUAGGAGCUUCUGUUAAAUACCUUCUGCCUUUAAUAUAUAUAGAUGUUGAUAAUCAUAUAAUUCUCAGUAAGUCUUUGGGCUGGUAGAGCGACUUGGGGGGAAAGUAGAUCACAAAUGUUAAGUGCCAUAAUUAGUGAUCCCUGGUGCUAUAGAAAGUUGUGUUUAUACACUUGCCCUUAAAGGACCACUCUAGGCACCCAGACCACUUCAGCUUAAUGAAGUGGUCGGCGUGCCAGGUCCAGCUAGGGUUAACCCAUUUUUUUUAUAAACAUAGCAGUUUCAGAGAAACUGCUAUGUUUAUGAAUGGGUUAAGCCUUCCCCCUAAUCCUCUAGUGGCUGUCUCAUUGACAUCCUCUAGUGGCAUUGUCUCAUUGACAGCCACUAGAGGCGCUUGCGUGCUUCUCACUGUGAUUUUCACAGUGAGAGCACGCAAGCGUCCAUAGGAAAGCAUUGUAAAUGCUUUCCUAUGCGACGGGCUGAAUGCGCGCGCAGCCAGCCCAGGAGGAGAAGAGGAGGAUCGGAGGAGGAGAGCUCUCCGCCCAGCGCUGGAAAAAGGUAAGUUUUAACCCCUUUCCCCUUUCCAGAGCUGGGCGGGAGGGGGUCUCUGAGGGUGGGGGCAUCCUCAGGGCACUAUAGUGCCAGGAAAACGAGUAUGUUUUCCUGGCACUAUAGUGGUCCUUUAAAACAUGCCUAGACUAAAUAAUAUUUAAUUCUAAUUCAAGCCUAUACUGGGACAUGAUGAAUGUAGAAUGAUCACAGCAAUCUUCAGCUGUCAGUUAGUGUGAGCAGUGUCUUUGAUUGGCUUCAAUAGUUUUACCAGUGCCUGUGAGAUAACUGCUAUAAAUUGCAGGAAAGUCUCACUUGUGAGAGAAGAUAGCGGGCUACUCCAGUCGACCUAUGUUAUCCCUAAAGCACUUUAACUUGCUGUAAAAUAUUGUGUUUUUCAUUUAGCAUAAAGUGCAGAUUUCAGUAAGAUAUGUGCACUUUUAUAAAUUAACCUGGUCAAACUCCCUGGGUGUCAAUCAGAUAACUGGUCCUGUUACUUCCUGGUUUGGUUAGGUCAGUGGAGCUAAACUCAAGAUGCAGCAAUUGCCCAGAUGACGUGCCUUGCCUUCUCAUUGAGCUGCAUUGGAAAGUCUGUGAUUUGGACAGCCAUAAAAAAUCUGGGCGGGGUUAGAAAGGGAGGGCUUGCAAAUGCAGCAGACGAGCGCUACAGGUUUUGCAAGUGAUAUAUACACCCUUAAUUUAAAAAAAAAAAAUGCAUUAUUAAAGGGACACUAUUGGAACCCAGACCACUUCAUCUCAUUGGAGUGGUCUGGGUGUAGUCUCCCUGUCCUGCAAUGGUAAUUAUUGCAGUUUCUGAGAAACUGCAAUAACCACCUUGCAGAGAUGUAAAAGAACUAUAGCGCUAAAAUUACAACAUUGUAUUCCUAGCACGAUGGUAUCUCUUUAAAUACAUGCAAGUUUUCAUUUGGGAUAUAUCUGCUAAACAUUGAUUUUUAUUUAUUUCGUGUUUGGGCAGUGGAGUGUCUCUUUAACCUCUUGGCGCUGCACCAGUCAUGCAGAAAGGGUCUCCAGGAUUCCUGUAGUGCAUCAUGUAUUUACUUCAUUUAGAUUUACUUGUGAGGUUACCAGCUAUAGCUUGGGACAAAAAGAUUAUCUGCACUAUGGCAUGUUCAUCUGAUUUCAGGGAUAUUGCUGGAUUAUCUCAUGUGAUUGGCUCAAGCUACCUUUUAAGUAGCCAAUCAACACGUACCAUACCCAUAAGCUCUUAAGUUACCUUAACAAGAGUUCAAGUGCAAUGUAGUGGGUACUGUGCCACUGGUGUGUUGGUGCGCCAAGCCCCCCUCCACAUUGUAACUAAUCUGUUUUUACAAUGAUUUAAUUUCUUAUGUGGGGUCCUUAGGGUGUGUACAUGAAAUGUCCUACUUAUAUACCUUGUAGCACUUCUUGAUGUUGUUAACUAUGUGGUAAACCCCUGCAGAUUGGAAUGGAUGAAUAGAAAGGGUAUCUUUAUUGAGCAGAACCAAUGUAUGUAGUAAAAAAAAAAAAAUAACACACAACUAAAAACAGAUUUAAAAUGUUUUACCCAGCAUAAUAAUUAUACAUUGCGACUAACGUACAUAUGUGCCUGGAGUAUCUAUUUUGUGUGUUUCUUUAGGGACCAUACGUCAUGGUUGUGUAUAAGACACAUUGUAUUUCUUUAAGUUGGAUUCAAAUAAAUAUCGCUCUUUACAGGAGAUCUGCCCCAGCACCUUCAACUUAUGAUCAAUCUCCUCCGAUGUGAAGAUCGCAUUAAGCUGGUAAAAGUUUUCUAUUAAGACGUAGACCAUAAUGACUUCUAAGACUUCUAACAAUUGGCCUUUUCCCUUUGACAAUAUUUUGCCUAUUUAAUAGAGUGAGCAGUGUUCAACCUACUGCAGCAAAGCCGCAUUCAUUUUUUUAUUAUUUUUUUACAAAGCAACAAUUAAAUUACUGCAUUGUAGACCCAGCUUUCCUUUAACAUGUUUGAGUGUCCUGUAUCCUAAAAUAAGCUUGGAUUCAUUCCUGGAACUGGUUAGUCAUGACACCUACCCUUUUUUUUAUUUUUUUUAUUUUUUUUACUGCUUACAGUCAAAAUAAUAAUUUAAGCUGUCCACUAAGUGUUGCUGUACAUUUCUAGCGAUUUAGUAAGUGAUAAAGCCUUAAUAUUGUUUACUCUGUAGCAGCAAAUUCCAAAAACCACUAUAUUUGGUGGUGAAAGUGAGUCACUUGGGCUAGUUGUGCAUCAUUUUCUUCAGAUACAUGACUUUACUCAGCAUCUUGUUUUACUACUUUUAUCAUAAAAUUCAUUCGUUUUUUUGUAUAUUUAGUUUGACAUUUUUACUGUUCCCUGUUACCCCCAUGUUUUUUGUAGGCUGUCCGCUUGGAGAGUAGCUGGUCAGAUCGUGUACGCUACAUGGUGGUGGUCUAUAGUAAUGGCCGCCAGGACACAGAAGAGAAUAUCUUACUUGGGGUGGAUUUCACCUGCAAAGAAAGGUGAGCCUCUCACAUUAUAUUUACUUCCGGAGAGCAAAAAAAACAGGGAGCAAGAGUAUUCUGAGAACGGGCAGCAGCUGAAAUAGCCUGCCCUUCGGUGGGUCCCCGCUCAGAACUUAAGCUGGUUUUAGCUCAUCUUGUGCCAUUACAGAGAGAACAUCUCUGAAACAUAUCAGACUGGUCCCACCCAUACGAGCAGUCUAGAUCCGAAAUGCCAGCAAGUUCCCUCUGCACGAGAGACACAGCAACCCCAGACAAUCGUUUUUGAUUGGGCCACUAGAGUCUGUCAUAGUACUGCAAUUUAUAGUGUCCCUUUAAACAAACCAAAAUAAAGCAAGACAAAUUUUGAAGUUUGUAAUAAAGUUGCUAUUAACUCGGUCAGAUUUCAUUAUUGGGCACACUUCUCAACUAGGUAAGUCUUCAACCCAGCUCUCCUCUUACCCACCCAGCUCAGUUUCAGACCAGUCUAUUAAUAACACAAACAGGGCAUCAUAGUGAGAAACCUGGCACAGGAGCCAGCUCUUCAUGAUCUCACUGAGCAGACUCUCUCUCCUCUCCCCCUGUCAGGAUAUUAAAAGUUGAAGGGUUCUUCCAACUGCACAUGAGUAAAUCUUUCCAAUGCACUUUUCCAACAUUCCUAGGGAUAGUGGGUGUGGAAAGCAUAAGGAAGAAGAAGUAGGUAUAUAUGGAAAAAAGCAUUUACCUGCUUUUUUUUCAGGCUGCAUAAUGAGGCAACUUCCAUAUUCAUAGCUAAAGCUUUUGAAUAAGGCAGCUGUCUCAAACUGAUGUAUGCCCCUUUAACCUUUCCUAUGCUGUAUGUAAGCCAGAUUCUAGAGCAGCAAGUGAAAUUUGUACCAUGAGCAUACAAUAUUGAAACUGAAAUAUGUAGGUUGUGAAAUAUAUCUCUAGUUUAAUGUCCUAAAUCAUUUCUAUUGCAGUUUGCAGCAGGAUACUUUAAUGAAGAACAGCACUUUUGCACUCAUCAGUUAUGAAUAUUUGAAUUGCACAUAACCCAAAUAGAAGUAGGCAUGGAUGAGUUUUCCAAAGUUUGUGUGCCUGCUCGUUUUUUCUUGUUCUUUUUGUUUUAAUCUCUUGUGGGCUUUCUGUCAUGUUUAUGUCAGUAUUCAUUGAAAAAAGCUGCUCGAAGAACUGUUCAGCAACUGUGACUUGAUACUACAUGUGCAGCUAUAAAUAUAGAAUAAAAAAAAAAUCUAAGGAAGCAAUAAAUUACUAAAUAGUGCUUAAAUUGUUUAUCCAGCUUUGCUCCCAUCAGAUAUGGGAAAAAAUCCAAGUUAGAAUAACUCAAAUUCUUUACAAAAUGUUGUACUGUGAAUAGGAGCAGGUUGAAUUAUUUGUGAGACUUGAUGUCCCCAGUCUAAUCUGUUUUUUUUGUUUUGUUUUUUCUUGACCCAGCAAAAGCUGCACGAUUGGAAUGGUUCUGCACUUGUGGAGUGACACCACCAUACGCCUGGAUGGAGAUGGGUAAGAAUGAAAGUAGGACUUUACAAAUCACUAGUUCUGCUAGCAGAGAGAAAUCCUAGUGUGGAGUUAUACUAAAUCGUGAAACCCCAGUGGUGAUCCGAACAUAUAAUAAAAUAUAAGAAACUUUACCAUUCCUGGUGCUGCAUACUGCAUCUGUCUUAAUCCUUAUUAAGUUCAUGUAAUGUCUCACUGUAUGUAACUUGCUAGCAAUAUCAUUCUGUUCUACAGCACUGCAAAAUAAAUACAAAUAGCAUUGUAUUUAUGAAAGUAAUAUCAGGUACCAUUGAUUUUAUAGUAGUCACAUUAUAGUAGUCAGCUAUAUGUAGCUCAGUAGUUAAAGACAAAAAAGGAUACCUCACAAAGCAAUAGUAUGUUUUCCUGCUGAGUGGAGGAAAGUAAUUGUAUAUUGCAAGCUAUGGAAUAUAUAUAUAUAUAUAUAUAUUCUUAUGUGUUACAAGAAAUUAUGUCCCCUUUUUUCCCAAGAGGCCUAAAUACAGUGUAUUUAAGAGUUGAAUAUAAACAUAUUAUGCUGCUCUGACCAACUUUUGUGAAUGAAGAUUACAUUAUGAAGUUUACUUCUGAGUAUGUUGCCAAUAAGCUCUCUUCUCUAAAUUCGUACAGGGGUUUUAGCAUCAACACUGCAGGUAGAACUCACGUAUUCAAACCUGUGUCCGUUCAGGCAAUGUGGUGAGUAAAUACCUGGUUUGUUUUUAGUAUUUAAAACAAAAAAAGAGUUGAGCUAUAAAGCUGUUAACUAAAGGGGUUGCAUAUAAUAAUGGGUAGUAUGUAAUAAUUAUGUAAAACUAGAUUUUCUGAAACUGCUCACCCAUUGGACUUUGUGCCAGUAAUUAAGUUAGCUUUUUUUUCCCCCUUUCUACCCUUCUAACCCAUACUCCUUUUCCUCUCCCAUUGUUACUACAGUUCUCUAUAUCCCUUAUAUUUAGCCUGCUUUUACAAUUUUCUCUUGUAAAUUCUCUGUUUGUAGAUCCAAAGAAACUGAUUUUUUUUUUUGUGUGUGUGUGUGUCGCACACAACAUUGCAUUACUUGAGAUCCAGAGUGGAAGUGGGAUGUAUGAAUGGAAAAAUAUGAUGGACUAGACCACUAGAUGCCCCUUGCCCCCCCCACACACACUUUUUAGUAUACAACUAUUUUCUCAGUCUUUCUCAAAUUGCUCUAACUUUUUGUUAUAGACAUUCCAUCUCUAUAUUCCUUCACCCAUUUCCUUUCCGUGCAUUUGUCUCCCUCUCUAGGUCAGCUCUACAGAUACUUCACAAGUCCUGCGAGAUGGCCAGACGCUACAAUUACUUUCCUGGAGGACUGGCUCUCGUGUGGGCUACAUACUACGAGAGCUGUAUCAGCUCCAAUCAGAGCUGCAUCAAUGAGUGGAACGCCAUGCAGGAUUUAGAAUCCACAAGGCCAGACUCCCCUGUCAUAUUCAUGGAUAAGUGAGUAAAGAAAUAACCAUGCAACCUUUAGUAGUUGUGAAUACCCAGAUAGAAAAAAAAGAAAGAAAACGCAACAUCUUUGGGAUCUCACCCUUUCAUCAUGUGCAUUUCAUAAACCUAUUUUAAUUUUUUUUUUUGCCAAUCAAGUUUUUUUCCAUUGAGUGGUUAUAAUAAAAUAUAGGCUGUAUAUCAUGCAUGGAGUGGACAUACAAAUGCAAUAAUCACUAAUUUUCUUUAAAGGAACACUAUAGUGCCAGGAAUACAAACUCGUUUUCCUGGCACUAUAGGAUUAUUAGAUCCCCUCCUCCCGCUGGUGCAAGGGGUUAAAACCCAUUCAGCCACUUACCUUAAUCCAGCGCCGGGCUCCCUUGACACUGUUGACCUCUCCUCCCCCUGCCGACAUCGGCUCCGAAUGCGCAUGCUCGGCCAGAGCUGCGCGCAUCCAAACCUCCCAUAGGAAAGCAUUACUCAAUGCUUUCCUAUGGACGUCCAGCGUGAGUUCAAUGCGAUUUUCGCAUUGAGAAUCGCGGAAGCGCCUCUAGUGGCUGUCAGGGAGACAGCCACUGGAGGCUGGAUUUAACCCUCAAUGUAAACAUCACAGUUUGUCUGAAACUGCUAUGUUUUCAGAUGCAGGGUUAAAACUAGGGGGACCUGGCACCCAGACCACUUCAUUGAGCUGAAGUGGUCUGGGUGCCUAUACUGGUCCUAAGUAAAUUACCAAACACAGAUAAAAAAUAAUAAACCGCAAUAACACUGGGCAGAAAGUGAAAAGCCUACACCUUGUAAUACAGGUUUAUUAUACUAGGACUAAGCUAAGCCUCAGCAUGUUAUCUGCAAGAAAAUAACACUGACUGGCUAGUAUUGUGACCGGUAGAAGAAAGAAAGACCAUACUAGGCUUUAAUCUAAGAAGGUGUCUUAAGGAGCUAUCAUACUCCUUGCCAGUGGGUAAUUUUAUGCAAGAGCAGAAAACAGAUGACAAGCACCUCCUGUCUCCUUGCCAACCACCUCAAGAAAAUGCCAUCUGGCUUCCAGGCCUGUUCGUAGGCAUAGGCACCUUGCCUCCCAGUCAAAGCGCUCAUGGCAGCACAGACUGUCCCCGGUCUUAAGCAGCAUGAAAGUCGUUGUCUGCCCACUGAAGUUUCAUGGCAUUUCCACCGGCUUGCAUUUUCCCUUAUGGAAUGGGAGUUGUGCAUGAGGCAAUAUCCCCCAAGUGCCUGCUACCUGAAGAAAAUCAGCCCCCUCAAGUAGAGUCUCAGUUGCCCCAUGCCAUCAGCCAAGGGGCCCUCCCAGUAUUCGGCUUGAUGGGGUGGAUCGGAUAGAUGUAUACUGUGUUAUAGUAGACUUUGAUACCAAUAGUUUGGAUCUAUUUGCCGUUUGAUGCCAAAAUGCUUAGCAAAUUCAGUCGAACUUCUAGAAAAAAAUUUAAUUAAAUUAUGGCAGGGGCAGCAACGGCUGCCAUCUUGGAAUCUUCGGGUCAGUAUGGUGCAAAUUGGAGAUGCUCAUAACUCAUUGCUGAACCCACAAGAUACUGUGUUGGGCAGUAUAGACCAGGAUAAACCCUGCCUGCCCGGGGAGAUUGGGGACAGAAAAUGGAAUUGUCUGUCUUCCCCUACUUGAGUUGACCGGCAGGCCAUAGAUGGUUACAUCACAAGAAACCGAACACAAAAUCUGUCAGUCCAGAAAGGUUGCAGGGUACUCUUCAGAUGACUAGAGAUCAGAUAGUUACAUAAAAUGUCAGAAUAACUUGCUAUUCAGACUUAUAUUCCCAUAUACUGGAAAGAGCUCCUCCAGCAUGUGACCUGCUUAAUCAGCAGCCAAGUUCCGCGUGCCAUUUCAAAGACCUUUUAAGGAUUGCUCUCUUUACCAAAAUAUGAAAAAUAAACAUAUCCCCAACUCCUUUAUCAUUUUUCUCCCUACUAGAUUCAUUUUUGUAAUACAAUUGCGGGGGCACCUCAGUCUACAUUGUAUUCACCUUCUGGUAAGGUCAUGUAUGUUUGCAUCUACUUCCAACUCAGACAGUGACCCUAUAGACUCGGGCCUUUUAAACGUGUUUGGUCACUAAAAUAAGUAGUUUUGAAUAAUUAGCAUUUUAAGUUCAAAAAAGUAGAUUGUGCAUUGUGGGGAUAGGGCAGACACUGAUUAUAUUAUCUGAGACAGAUCUUUUAAGCUACAUAUAAAACAUAAGGAUAACGUCUUACACAGUGAAGUGUAUGGGAUCCCGGAGCUAGCCUGUCUAGAAAGUUCAAAUGGAUACAAUAAAUUUACUAAUAGAGAUGUUGUACAAUGUAUAUAAAUGUGAGGAGUAUCAACUUUGAGGUAAACUAGAUAAUAACAAGGAAUAUAAAUGAAGGAUAUAUGAAAUAUAUAAUCAAUGGUUUCUGUAUCUUUAAAUGCUACUGUUCACUUAAGAGUCUUAAAAAAUGUAUACAUAUGUACUUGAUGAAUAUAAAGUGCAACAAUUAUAUAUGGUGUGAGUAUCCUAAUCUCUGUAAUAAUACAGGACCAGUGAUACAAACACCAAAUUAUAUACUUUAGUAAUAAAGAUUUUUGCACUAAGCAUACCAGUACCCUACAUAUAAAACAUGAUUACACUUAAUGUGUAUUUUAACAAACUAGGCUCGGGAAUGCCUGUACCAGUAUGUCAAAGUUGCGUUAAGGUUUGCAUAACCAAAUCAAGUUUAAUAGGAGCAUCAGCUAAUGUUUUUAAACAUCAUCCACCAUUACUCACAAUAUCUAAAACAAACGUUUUUCUCUUUGGCCAUUUAGAAUGCUUGCUUGUAUGUGAAAUUCACUAGAUUUUUCCAUCCCUUACAUUACAGAAACCCAACCCAGAAAUGGUGCAAAUCACCCCAAGGUUGGAGCACUAGGUUUUGUUCUGUAAUUAUAACAAUUUCUUGAAUUAAUCCAUAAAUACACUAUGCCUUACCAUUGAAGCCAGCUCUCCCCGGGUUAGUACUUGCUUCUUUGGACUUGUACGUGGGAUGUUUAUUUAGAUUUUUAUUUUUCCUUAUGCAGACCUGGUGAGGGGGAGAAGACUGAAUGGGCUAUCAGAGCAACACUUAGGAGCAUCAUGAUGAGCAAAGACUUGGAGAAUGUGACCUGUAAAGAGGUAGGUUGUUCGAAGAGUACACUAACCAGUUUGCAUUCUGAGCUAAGGUUGGAUGUUGCUGUAAAUUUGCCCUUAGCAUCCAACUGCAUAGCAUCCCAAAAUACUUAACUCAACAUCUAAUUCCUGCUAAUGACCUGGUACAUUUUGGAUGCUGUUGAAAUAAAAGGGAGCUCUACUUCUGCUGAUGUUGUGGAAAUGUAAUCGAACACUCCAAUCAUUAUAACCACUACAUCCCACUAUAGCUGCUAUGGUGCCCUCUCAGAGGAAGUAGUCAAUUUGUUUAAGAACAGGUUGAUUUAUUAUUUGCUGCUCCCCACCUCCUCUUUUUGACAGAGACAGAAGCUCCUGCUUAUGUUUGCUCUCCUGAGCUAAGCCCUGCACUGCCUGGCUUUGCUUCUGGCUCUCUGUUAGAAGCUAACUAACAGAAUCCACUGAGCUUAGUCCAUGCCAGACAAUGCUCAUUGUGUAAGAGCAUCUACUAAACACUCUUAGCCAGUGAGCGAGUUCCAGCAUGGCUGGGCACAUCGCAGUGGCAGGAGCUUAUUCUGGGAGAAUGCCAGGGUACUUCUGGCAUCAUAACCACUAAUGGUUAUCGUGUUUGUAGUGUUCCUUUAAAUAGUAAUAGAUCAGCCUUACUAUUAUACUCAAGAUGCACAUUUUCUGGUGCCAAAAUAAAGAGCAUAGAGGGGAAAAACACAUGUUUUUUUCACAUUUUACUUUGAGAUCUUGAAUAGUUUUUUGAAUUGUGAGAAUUUCUUGCUGAUACUAUAUUAGAGUUGGAUGGUGAAAAUACAGAGGUAGUGUAUAAUAAUAAUGGUUUACAGAAAAUGUAUGAAAGAUAUCUUAAGUCAAGAGUAACAGAAAAUUACUUGAGACACAAAUAUAGCUAGGCUUAAAGGGACACUCUGAACCCCAAAACAACUUUAAAAAGCCGUUUUUGUGUAUAGAUCAUGCCCCUGAAGAAUCACUUCUUAAUUAUCUGCCAUUUAGCAGUUAAAUUAUUUUCUUCAUGCAGCCCUAGUCACACCUCCCCAGGCUGAUUGAACGUGAAUCACACACAGUAGGCUGCUGUAAAUUAUAGCAGGAGAUAAGAAACUCUAACUUAAACACACUGUGCUUACCAUGAUGCCGAUUCACAGCUUGUCCUUUCACCACUUUUAAUAAGUACUAACCACUGCAUACUGGGAACACCCCACAAGUCUUGUCAUUUUAAAAAUUCUCUGACCCAGUCGUCAAGCCACCACUAUUUGGCCCUUGGCAAAAGUCAGAUCCUUUCACUUGCCUAUUUUUCCUGCUUUUAAAAUAUGAAAUUCAAGAACUGAUUGUUAACUGAUUGCCUAAUCUAUUCCACUCCUUGCCAUAUGCCAUUGUAACAAUAUAAUUUUUUUUAUUCUUAUUUUUGUCAUUCUUUGUUUUAUUGAGUCAAAGCCAUACACAUACAGUUAUCAAAAUGAAUUUAGAGACAAUAUUAAAUGAAUUUGCACAAUUCUUCAUUGUAAAGCAUUCAGCAAAAUCACGCCUCUUUAGUUAUAGCUUCAAUGAAACGGAAAGAGCCAUCUAAUAAGAAUUGUGUUAAACAUAGGUUGUGGUAAUUGCUAGUACCACGAUCAUAUAUAUCAAUGUGAAACGGAAAGGGAGAAAAAAUAAUCGUAGGAUAACAUUAUCAGGCAGUUCGAACUUCUAACCUCCUGAGAACCUAAAGCCAUAGCCAUCUUGGACAGGUGUGAUCCCACUAGGGAUUGUUCAUGGAGGGGAGUCUCAACAUAUUUCCAUUAGUAGUAGUAGCCGUGAUGGAUUUUGGCAAAGUCCAGCGGUACUCUACGCCAGCCUCACACAAUUGACUGCACCAAGGGAUCUCCGCCAUUGCAGUGUAUUCCUCGUCAGGUCUUGAAAGAACAUCAAAUUGAGUGUCUCAAAGUCAUAUGUGUUUUGACCGACAGAGAGUGAAAGCAGACUUUGAUUUCCCGGUAGACCUCAGUCAGUCCUGCCUGGGUUUAUUAAUUCUGUAUAUACCAUUUAAACUAGAGCCUUUUUGCUUGGCAGUGUGGUAGGUUCGUUUCCAUUAGGCGUCACAAAUAGUGAGGCAAUUAGUUUGUGCUGACAGAGUCCGGGACGCCUAGGAUGUUAAUGUUGGUGCGGUCUUUGGCGAGGUCCCUUUGCAGUGUCAGGGAGGUAUGAGAGGUUUGCAUAUGUUCUUUCAGCCCUUGUACCUCUUGUCUGAGGUCCAAGACAUCUUCUUCCGUGGCUUGUGUGUGUUUGUGCAGUCACCAUCAGUAAUUCGGUUCUGACUUAGAGAUCUGCCACUGACAUCUGUCUCGGCUCUCUCAAGAGGUUAGCAAUAUCCUGUUAGGUAGCCUGGACUAGUGGGUACUGUUCUGCAAAUACCACAAGGAGUGUCAUGGGAGAGAGGGAACCCCAGUGUCUGUUUGAUCUGCAUGUCUUGCACACCCAUUGUCUGACCUGGCCGCAAUCUUAGAGCCCAUGGAGUGUUGCAACAUAGCCCCGAUAUCAUUGUCUUUACUGGGUCCAAGUUGUAGCUUCAGGGAUCUACAUCCUAUGGUGCUGGUGUUUUGAGCAGCAUAGUCUGGUAGCCAAGGCAAGCUGUGCAGCUCAUCUACUUCGACUCUAAUUCCCUUAGUGCCACCUUUUGAGGUUGGAAACUCGAAGUAGGUCCUGGAUUUGCGCUGAGCCCUCUUGCCUGAUUUUUGAGAUAAAAAAGGCAUGGACUUGAUGCUCACCUUCGAUAGUUGAAGUGGUGGAUAAGUAAAAACCUUGAUGGUGGUGUGGAACCAUGGAUUGUGGCAAAAUAAUUGCAAAUGUCAGGAGCUGUGACAGAUGGCGUCUGUUCGACUCUAAGCUCUGCCCCCUAUAUAAUCAAUGUUAUUCAUUUUUGUGGCUGAUCAGUGAAUUUGCAAAUCAACCUAGGUUUAUAAGAGAUAGUUGUACAUUAAAGGGACAUACUAUAGUCACCAGAACAACUGCAGCUUUUUGUAUUUGUUCUGGUGAGUAUAAUCAUAACCUUCAGGCUUUUUUCAGUAAACAUGUUUUUCAAAGAAAGGGCAGUGUUUACAUUACAGCCUAGGGAUACCUCCACUGGCCUGUUCUCAGAUGGCUACGAGAGGUAUUUCCUGGGAGAAUGUGCAGCACUGCCAUUCGAUGUCAGAUCAGGGGCAGAGCCAGCAGCAGCAGAAUGGUAUAAAGGUCAGAUUUUACUAUAUUUAAGGGGGCAAAGAGGAUAGAUGUUUUUUGUUGUUGUUUUUUUUUUAACACUAUAGGAUCAGGAAUACAUGCUGUAGUGUUCCUUUAAAUAUAUUUCUGCAGAAAGCAAUGUUCAGAUACUGUAGUAACAUUUUUUUAAAUUCAUGGCUCCUUGUAAUGUUCUGCAUUAUAGAAUAAAAUAUCUGAUCUAAUUUCGUUUUGAGUGCUCUUCAUCUAUUUCCCUGUUUUAUAACUGUGGGAAUAGUCUCUAUCUAUCUCACUUUAAAAACUCUGUCAUUGAGAUUUUAUGUUUUACAGUUGUCUGGGUUGUUUGUAACUUCACCUUUUUAGUGAGUCUUUCAUAUUUAUGUAAAUUCUAAUCUACCUGUACAAAUGAUGUUCUGUUUGUGAAUGGGUGUUUGUGCAUUCUUUUUUUCUAUCUAAGCAUUUUUGGUUCUCCCUCCAGAUCCGUAAUGAACUGGAGAAGAAGUUAAGCUGCAAUCUAAAGGAGUAUAAGGAAUAUAUUGACACUGAGAUGUUGCAGAUAGUGGGUCAGAUGGAUAAAGCCUCACUCAUAUUUGAUGACCUCUAUUUGGUGAGUAAAGAAAGGCACUGAAAACUAGUGAACUGAUAUAUAGCAUGUGUGUUUGGAAAUACAAAGUUGGAGGGAAAAUGUAAAAGUCUGCUGUUCAAAUUUAGCCACUUUCCCCCCACUUUUUAAUCAAAUAUUUAGUUUUUACAUUGGUUGAUGUGUUGUUGCUUGGCAACCUGCAGCAAUUAAAGGAAUCAUUUCAGCAUACUUGUGUUUUUUUUUAGUAUAUUUUCGUCAUAAAUUGGCUAGGAAAUGACUCAUGUAAAGACAAUGUAGUUUGUCUUUGUCUAUAGUACCUGGACAAAUAUAAAUAAUGCACAACAACCCAAAUUAGUUGUAGUGGUUAUAUUUGUUAAAUGAGACAUCUCCCUGAAACUGCAGAGUUGGAACCAGAUGUAAAAAAAAAAAACUACAAAACACUGCACAGGAUUAUUCGCUUACGUGAGAAUCACGAACUCAGGUACUUAUAUUCAAUUUCAAAUUUAUGGCCAGAAUCUCUUAGUAGUCCAUUAAGCUUCUGGUUUAGCUACUGUUCCUUACGUUUGAAAUUCUCUUUGUGUACCUGAUAAUUGUUUUAGUGAAAAACAAGGGGCAGUAUAUGUGUGUUAAUUCACCUCCUGAACACCUUCAAGUGUCAUUAAUUUAUCACAUUUGUACUCUGUAAUAAAUAUAUUCCUUUUAUGUGUAAUAAUGUAAGAAUAUACUGCAGUCUAUGCACAUGCAUCCAUUUAAAUGUAUUUAUUUAUUUAUUUUACAGAAGCUCAUCUUAAAUGCAUACACCACACGCAUAAAGCACGUCAGCUUUGAAGUUCUUUGUGUCUGGAGCCGUCACAUAUGUGACUGUUUAUGAAACUUCCGAAUUCAAUAGAAAUCAGCACUUUUAUAAUUUGGCACAGAAACACCUCCCUGGCUGUCAAUCACACACACAGCUAGGAGAGGUGGCAGGCGCACUGUAGUAGCCUUCCUCUCUUCUCACGGCUGGGGGUAUAUCUUCUAAUUGUGAUUUUUAAAAAUGGUGUGGGGGAGAAUAGAGUGUUUGUUUAAAUCUUAGAAAACAAAGAUUUGUGUCAAGCAUUAGCACUUUGUGCUAAUAGUAGGACAUUUUUUUUCUUGGCAAUAUAUUGAUAUACUCACUUUGCCUGAUUUUGUAUCAGUGCCUCUUUAAAUCUUUUAGUAGUCUGGUUUUGUGAAAACCAAUUCAUACUUCCUUAUCUGUCUGACAAGGCAGCUUGUAGGAAUGUAUACUUACCUUGCUGUUUUUUUUUUCAGGGCUCUGAGUGGAAUGCAUCAAACUUGGAGGAGCUGCGCAGUGCAGGGUGAGACACAAGACUUUGGCAUCUUGCAUGAAUAUGUUAGAGCCCUAUAGUAAAUCUCAUGUGUUAUCUCCCAGUCUGAUUUACACAAUCUAUCCUGUGAAAGCAGAUUCAUUUUCUAUAUCAAUCAUUUCACUGCUUGCUGAUUUUGACAUGUUAAAGUAAGGUCUUUCUUAAUGGUAGUAGUUGAUAGAAAACCUCAAACAGGUUGUCUUUUGGAGGCACUCUUAUGGGGAAAAACAUAUUUUUUUUAAGCACAACCAGAGGUUUUAUUACAUAUUCUGUUCACUAAAAACAUUGAUGAGUGUUUGCAUUCAUUUAAAACAUUUUAGUUUAUAUUUGCACUUGGGGGGGUUGAACUAGACUUUUAUUAACAAGGAAUCACAAUGCUAGUCUUAAUUUCUCUAUAUUUAUAUUAAGCAACACUUUUAUGUUUAGCAAAUGUAUUUUGCAAUCUAAUCCAGUGUUUUUAAUACCCUUCUUUAAGAACCUCUGUAUUUUUGGGAUAUUUUUACAUCUUCUUGGUGGCCCUUAAAGACUGUUUUGAUAAAUGUAUUUAGAUUGCAUGCUGCUUGCAUACCUUUUUGGUACAAUGCAUGCUUCUCCUGGUGCUAUAACCGCCAGAUUGUAAAUUGCCAAUAAUUUCCAUCCAACGUUAACUUUCUGUUCCUAUUUCAGGGUUGGCUACAUACUAAAUGUGACCAGGGAGAUAGAUAAUUUUUUCCCUGGUCUUUUUGCUUACCACAAUAUACGUGUCUAUGAUGAGGAGACCACCGACCUGCUGUCCCACUGGAAUGAGGCCUAUCACUUCAUUAAUAAGGCAAAGUUAGUAUUGAUAUUGCAAUAUUUAUCAGUCCAAGUCAAACACAUAGAUAGUGUUGAUUGAGGAAUCUGGUUUUUACCUUUUGUAUUUACAUACAGCAUUGAUUAUGUGCAGCAAGCUCAACAUAAAUUGCUGUGAUUCCUAUAGAUAUCAGUCCCUGUAUCUCAUUAAUAUAGCUGUAAUUGCUGUUUCCUAUCAGGAAGAAUCAUUCAAAGUGUUUGGUGCACUGCAAAAUGGGGGUCAGCCGCUCAGCUUCCACGGUCAUUGCAUAUGCCAUGAAAGAGUAUGGCUGGUCAAUGGAGAAGGCAUACAACUACGUAAAACAGAAACGUAGUGUAGCUAGACCCAAUGCAGGGUUCAUACGCCAGCUGUUGGAGUAUGAGGGAAUCUUGGAUGCAAGGUGAGUUCCUUACUUGUCUCUUUAUGCACAGGUAUGCUUUUUAAAAUCUAUUAUGUCUGGAAAUUUCAGUUGCAUUAUUUAAAAUGGAAAUAUGCCUACUGGUCCCUGUGUAACUCUUGGGGAAACAUGCAAUACUUAACAAAACUUUGCCUAUAGGUGGCGCCGGCCCUGAUUGGCACUAUAUGAGAGCAUGCAUAAUAAGUCCAUAUUGCCCCUAACUGGCUUUGAGAGUGCACACACGUUUUUUUUUUUUUAAAUUGUAUUUUUGUAUUGCAUAAUAGGAACUAUAUUUUAUAUUUAGAGGAAAUACCCGUGAAUUUCACAAGCUCUUAAAAGCAGACUCAAAAUAAUAUAGCCAAUUAUUAUAUAUAUUUUUCAUUAUUAUUGUUUAUAUUUAGUUAUUUCCUAAAACUGUCUUAUUUUUGCAUUUAAAAAGUCACUGCGGCAGCAUACAGCAGUAGCCUUACUGAGGAAUGUUUUGUUGAAUAGAGGAUUUAAGAAUUUCCUUCUCUAUAGAUGUGUGUUCCUUUAAAGCUGUAUUGUUCCAUGUACUCCUAUUGUGUUAGACUAUUUCAAUGGCUCAUGAAAAUUACAAUAUUGUAUCCAUUAAGGUAUUAUUUUUUCUGCACGAAAUAGUCCAUAGUGCUGUACAUAGUGUUUUUUGUUGUUGUUUUUUUUUUUUAAAUGAUGAAGGACAAAUCAAAGUAAACAACUACAGGCCGGGGAGCUUUUAGUACUCCUAACUGUGUGAGCUAUCUUGAGUUGCAGAAAUAAUCUGUCUGGUUAAGAUAGGCAGUAUCCAUUAAAUACAGGCUAUACUAGAGGCAGUCAAAUAAUGUAAUAGCCAUGGCGAUAUAAAACUAAUGAAAGACUAUGUGUUUUUUCUUUCUAGUAAACAGAGACACAACAAAUUGUGGAGGCAACAUGUGGAACGUGGCUUGCCAGCAAACGAGUUUGACUCCAUGUUUUCUGACACAUUCCAACCUGAGCUCAAUUGCAGACUAAAUGAGAUUGGUGGGGUUCCAGAGAUUUUGCCUGACAGUAGAUAUUUUAGGCAUCUGACCCAACCACAGGAGAUAAUUGAAUCACCUAAUGUACUUCUUGAAGUUGAGGAGCUGGAGAGAGAUGCCCUUUUGGAAGAUGACCUCUUUCCAGGAAGGUACUGCAAAGUAAAAAAUGAAGAACAUGUUCCAGGGAGAAAGAAAACUGAGCUAAUGGCAGAAUGUUCAGACAUGAAAGAGAUGGAUGUGAGGAAGAAGUUGGUUUUUGAAAAUAGAAAUCUUGAAAAUGAUUUCAAGGCAGUGGAAAAUGACAGUCGAGAACGGGAAACCCUCCCCACUGAGGCAAAUGAAGAGCAGCGUGUAAACAAAGAAAACUCUAACAGCAGCAAAAGAAGCUGCCCUACAGAUAGUGAGGUAGGUGUGCAUUACUACUGACCAUCACUAAUUGGGGCUUUGGAUAUUACAGGUGAAUUCCUCCAGAGUGUAAGCUCGUUUGAGCAGGGUCCUCGUUAACCUAUUGUUCCUGUAACAUUUUGUAAUGGUCUCAUUUAAUGUUAAGUUUCCAUCUUUAUAACAUUGUAAAGCACUGCAGAAUAAGUUGGCACAAUAUAAAGGCAAAUAAUAAUAAUAAUAAUUGAAAAGUGUAGACUUAGACUAUUUUGGCUAUUCUUGUCAACCCAGAGGAUCCCCAUAGAGAGCCCAAGUUUGUUGCUGUUCUCUAUAUGUAGACAUAGCACAACAUUACAUAUGCUUACAAUAUUAAGCAUUUUUUUUAUGGUUAUGCUUAAUAAUAUAUUUUUGAAUUACUAGUUAAAAAAAAUAAAAAAGACAUUCACUUGUUUGAUUUGUAAAAUGCCCAUAUGACCUGGAUUAUUGUAAUUCUUUGGAAGUUAGAGGUCAAAUAUUGCAAAGAGUAAUUGUGGUUUUAAAGUUAAACCUUUGUGAAAUUUGGUCUGAUGAUACUAUAAUUGUAAUGUGGUCACAGAAUCCACAACUUCUACAGAAAAGUAUGUAUUCAUAGAAAUUAAACACUCCCCAGUGUAUUUUAUGUGUCUGCAUCCGGCCUCCCACCACCUCUAUGAUCUCGUGAUCAUCUCUUGGCAAAGUUGGCCAAGAAGAACCUGCAGCUGGAUUCAGUAUAAGUAGCUUCUCCCCCCUUUCUCCGUUCUUAAUAGGGGCCUCUAAAUCUAAACGGGCAAAGAAACACUCCAGCAUUGUAAAUUAAAGUAUGUAUUAGUAACUCUGGAGUGUCCCUUCAAUUUGAAGUGCAUUUUCACAUGAAAUUUUUUUCCACACACACAUUUCAUUUUCAUGGGGAAUUUCAGACUGUAUGUGUCCCACUGUUGUAAAGACCCCAUAUUUGUAUUCCACUUCUGUCUCUUGGCACAGCAACACACCACAUGUAGACUGUUGACAGAUAUUAUUAAAGUUAUAGAGUCACAUUACAGAUUUCAGUCUUCAGCUACUUUGCCCAUGUCUAUUUUUGAACAAAAUAGUAGACAACUCAACUUCACUUUACACCUAUCAUGGCAAACAUACCAUUUGCAAAAAGAGACAUCUUGGGGCAUCUUGACUCUUUUUGUUUGGCCAUAUCAUCACCAAUUUCUGCUGAAUUUACCGUAAAUGUUAUAUUUCAUCAUAUAUAUUUGACUUUAAUAGUGAAGUUCACAGGUCUGUUUGUAUUCUAAUUUUUUUAAGUCUUUUUAUAUAUAUAUGUAUAUAUUCUCACUCUGAAAAAUACAUAACUGUGCUGCAUGUGAACAUUAGUGCUUGGGUGCACUUUCUAUUCUCUUAGACUGCGUUCAGUUCAGUAAACUUGUGGUGUAAAUGACUACACAGGAAGACUGACUGGAUAUGACAUUCAAACCAAUACCUGAGAAUAAAUUAAUCAGGAACACAAUGUAAACUGAUGAGAAAUUUCAGUGCACGUAAUUUGCUCAUUAAAUGUAAAACUAUUAACUCAUUGUUAGUUAUUUGUUUUUCACUUUAAAUCUACAGUUAUAUUUUUAAAUUUUGGGAAUUGGUAUGAAAGUGAAAAUAAAAAAGAAUCAAUGUUAGCCCUUAUUUGUGUGUCAGAGGAUUUAGUACUGAAUUAGCUGAAAUCCAGUUGUACAGAUUGUCAUUGACUGCUACUUAGCUCAACAAUAGCUGAGAUCCAGUGAUGUUGAGUGCUGAUUCGAUAAUUUAGUAUCAGCGACUUUAGCAUUGCAUUAGCUGAAAUCCAGUGAUCCAGAGGGUCGGUGGAUUUGGCACAGUGUUAGCUGAAUUCCAGUGAGAGUGGGUUUAGCACUGCAUUUGAGGGAGUCCUCUGGUGUUUGAAUUACAAUAGCGAUUUGCCGUCUGUGUUAAUUUAUAGAAACCUGGAAACGACAAACCUCAUCCAUCUAUGAGGUUUGUUUUGUUAUUAAUUUUCCUGUCACAAUCUAGGAGCAUUUACCACCCUUUAUAUUUUAUCAGUAUUUAGAGUUAUCCAUAUAUAUAUAUGUGUGUGUAUAUAUCUCUAUCCAUCUAUCUAUCAGGGCUUGACAAAUUUGCUUUGGAUCUAGGAGCCACCUAAAAAAGUUAGGAGCCAUUUUUUUUUCAACAACGAAAAUACAAUUCUUAAAGGAACACUAUAGUCACUAGAACCACUACAGGCUAAUGUAGUGGCUCUGGAGUCUAUUGCCUGUCCCUGCAGGUUUUUCCACAUAAACACUGCCUUUCUAGAGAAAAGGCAGUGUUUACAUUGCUGCCUAGUAACAUCUCUAGUGGCAGUCACUCAAACUGCCACUAAAGUGUCUCCUAUCUGCAUGGAGGCGCAGAAUGCUCCCCAUAGAGCUGCAUUGAUUUAAUACAUCUCUAUGAGGAGAUGAUGAGGAGAUGCUGAUUGGUGCAGCAUUUUACCGCGGAUGCUCAAUAGCUCCCAAUGCUUUCCUACAACCCGCUCCCAUUCUGCAGGCGACGGUGUUGGGGAAAAAAGGUGAGUAAAAACACCAUUCCCAAGCGAUCACAAGGGGGACUAGUGACCUAAACACGCACACUCACGAACAGACACCUGGACUGAUACACACACACACACAGACCCACACACUCGCUGACUGACAGACAGAGACCGACAGACAGACCCACACACUCACUCACUGACUGACAGACUCACACAAUGAUUUCUAGAUACACACAUAGAAAUAUACACACGAUAUAUACACACAAUGUGACAGAUACCCACAUAAUUUUUUAUUUUUUUUUCUAAAUACAUAUUUUUAGCCACCCUCCUGUUUCCUACCGUUUGGGUUCAGGAGGGUGGCUUCCCUAGGGUCUAGUAGGACUGGGUAGCAGGUGGUUGCAAUAGGGGUAGCUGCAGCUGAUGGGAGUGGGCUGCCGCUCUAUUAAGACUCCUCCUCCUCCUGUAUCUCUAUUCGCCGGGAGGAAGUGAACUUUAAUUACUUUCACCUUGCUCUGAGGUUGCACAGGGGAAGAGGCAGGCAGCCGGCUCUGCAGAAUGGGAGCGGGUUGGAGGCGUACUCUGCGGUACAGGGGUGAGCCGUAAGGGGUGCUCUGUGGUUUUGGGGCGGGCUGGGGGCGUCCUUAGUGGAAUAGGGGCAGGCAGCAAGCAGAGCAGAUUUUACCAGGUGUCCUGCCAGCUUGUGGUUCCCCUGCGCGGCUUCAGCGCCGGAAGGAAAUAUGUACAGUUCCCUUCCAUUCACUUCCUCCCGGCGCACGGGUGGACAGAGAGAUUGAACGGCAUUGCAGGACAGAAGGAGGGCAAGGGCUGACCAGUCCCAGAUGCCAGGGCAAAAUUCUUAAUCGCCAUGGCGAUCUGGCACCUGGUAUUUGUCAAGCCCUGAGAUAUAUAUAUAUAUAUAUAUAUAUAUAUAUAAUAUAUACAAACAAAACCAUAUAUAUAUAAUGUAGAUUGGAUUAGCCGUGUUAGUCCAGUAGACAAGAUGCCUAUAUAUAUAAUAUAAUUUUUCCAAUAGAAGUUUGCUGGCACUCCACCAAUAUUUAGAUAUAUAGUACUGCUUGCCUGGGUGCAAAUAUCCUGCGUUAAAAAAUAGGAUGCACUUGCAGGUCUUAGGUUAAAGGUGAAGAAUUAUUGAUUUAAUAUUUUCAGUAAAUAUACCAAUCAUUUCGGUGUACAAAAUAAUCAAUGUUUUGUCCCUUUUUAAGGGUCUCUUUCAAGAUCACAGAUAAAGUGUAAUAAUGCCACAUUUGCACUUUAUCUGUGAUCUUGAAAAAGAUCCUUAUAGGGUCGAUACGUCGAUUAUUUUGUACACAGAAAUGAUUAAUUGAUUUUUUUCCCCCCAAUAAAUACACCAGUCCCCUUAACCUAAGACCUGCGAGUGAAUCCUAUUUUUUUCAUAUAUAUAUGUGUGUGUGUGUGUGUGUGUGUGUGUGUGUGUGGUGUGGUGUGGUGUGGUGUGGAUUAGCUGUAUUAGUCCAGUAGAGAAGAUGCUAAAAUUUCAGAGUAUUGCAGUAUGCAAUGAUACCGAUAAGAAAACAGCAGAGCACGGCAUGCAAGUAUAUAGCUGCAUAUAUGCAUGUAUAUAAAUUGAUCCAAUAAAGGUGAAACGAGAAUAUUGAAAAAGAACAAUAUAAGACAUUAAGCUGUGCGUUUAUAAAAAGUUUUGGUAGUUUGUGAGAAAGCCAGAGUCUACAUUAAGUCCUUCGUAUCUGGUGUUGAAAUGUGUGAUCAUUUUCAUCCCAAAUGUGUUUCGUUCAUGAGAGUCUUUGAAAUUCCAUUUAAGAACGUUAAUCCUUAGGUUUUGGCUAUAUGUAACAUAUUUAUAUGCAUGUACUGCCUUAGAAGUUAGACAAUCUCUCAAACUCAAGAAAGAUCAAGUCUUUGAAGCAGGUUUAAAGGGACAAUAGUUGUUCUGGUGAGUAUACUCAGUCCCUGCAGGCUAUUUGCUGUAAACACUAUCUUUUAAGAGAAAAGGCAGUGUUUACAUUGCAGCCCAGUGACACCUCUAGUGGCCACUCCUCAGAUGACCACUAAAGGUGCUUCCUGGGGCAGUGCUUCAUAGUGUCCAGCACUGACAUUCAACAUCUCCACACUCUACAUGGAGACAUUGAGCUUUCCCCAUAGAGAUGUAUUGAUUCAGUGCAUCUCUAUGAGGAUAUGUUGAUUGGCUUAGCCUGUGUUUGGCCCUUCCCCAUUGACGAUCUCAGCCAAUCAAAUGAUUUUCCCGUUGGAAAGCAUACCCAAAGAAGCAGAUUGGAGGCGUGGCAAGUACUGGCACAUGGAAAUAAGGUACUUUUUCUUACCUUUUAAGAAAUGGUGGUUUUAACACUAUAGGGUCAAGAAUAUACAUUUGUGUUCCUUUAAUGUAGGGUUGGGAAACUAAUCUUGAUACAAUUUGAUACAAUUUUACGUUGAAACAAUUACAAAAAUUGUUUAGCAUCAUAUGAUUUAACUGUAUUUGCCAGUAUGUUUUUUCUUUCAUAUCUACUUCUGAUCUCUUUCCUUGGUUUUGUAGGAUGAUGCUAUUUUUGGAAUUCUAAACAAGGUGAAACCUCCAUACCCAUCAUGUACUGACUGUAUGUACCCAUCAACUCCCAUCUCCUCCGAGGCAUAUGAAGAACAACAGAAUAUAGAAUUUAAAGAGGCCUCAGAUUCUCCCACUAUUUGCAGUCAGCCUGCACUGUUACAACACAUGACUUCAGCUGUUUUGGACAGGAUGCAUAGACGCCCACUGGGCAAAGACAUCACACCAUCGUGUCCUGCACAUUUUAAAAAGGACACAAUCGACUUUUCUGCAAAAGCCACUGACAAGCAUUCCAGCGAAUCAGAAAAGCCACAAGCCCGAAUUGAACAGUUUGAAUCCUGUUUUAGCCAAACUUCCUUUCUCAAGAGUGAUCCAAAACAGCAGAGAGACCCAAAAUACUUAUUUUUCAGCAAAGAUCUGGAAAAACCGACAAUGCAUAGUUACUUAAUGCAGCACCAAGAAUCUAUCAUUCAGCUCCAAAAAGCUGGCUUGGUUAGAAAACAUACCAAAGAGCUGGAACGUCUUAAGAGUGAAGGCUCAUUCAUAAACGAAGGUCUUGCAGAUAAAUCUAAUUCCGCUAUAUCAGUUGAUCACAAAGAUCUGAAAACCCACCAAGAACUACCUGAGGAAGCUAUGGACGGAAAGGAAGAUAUAGGUGUUAUAGAUGGAACAUUACAGAAGACGUCUACUCCAUGUUUUUUCAAGAUGGAUCUGAUCAGUAGUUACACAAAAGAUUUCCUAAAGACUAUAUGCUACACACCAACUUCCUCCUCAAUGAGCUCUAACCUUACUCGAAGCUCAAGUAGUGACAGUAUCCACAGUGUACGUGGCAAGCCAGGACUGGUGAAGCAAAGGACACAAGAAAUAGAAACAAGGAUGCGUUUAGCUGGGUUGACACUUUCUUCCCCUCUGAAGCGAUCACACUCUCUUGCAAAACUAGGAAGUCUCAACUUUUCUAGCGAUGACUUAUCCUGUGACACAGACAACAGUCAGAAAUUGGAUUGCAAGAGUGCAAAAUUAAUAGAUAGUCCUGUAUUUACAGAUACUUUAUCUUCUUCUGGGACCAUAGAGUCACCUUCUUCCAAGAUCAUAGAUUCAAUUGAUAAAUCAAUCUCAGAGACUAGUUGAUUUUUUUUUUUUAAUCUGGUCAUUGUUAUUUUUAUGGUAUUAUCAUGCUGGUUUUAUUAAGGCAAAAUAGUGGUUUUCUAACUACAUAUGCAGUGUAGCAAUAUUAUAUCUGCAUCUCUUUAUAGUGUAUUUGUUGUUGUUUUUUUUUUGUUGUUUUUUUGUCAUGUUAUGGUUUUGUUUUUUUUGCAGUUACUGCCAAAUAAGGUACAGCAAGAUUGAAUUUCUUAUUGAAAAUCAGAAUUGUUUUGUAGUGACAAAAGCUUAUUUCGUACAGACAUGUAAAACAUCCAGAUUUUUUUUACUCCUACCUCCAUUGCAUUUUGCUUAUCGUACUGUUUUUGAAUAAAACUACAGACCAGUACAAGCUUUGACUGAAUACAUAAAAAUACCAUAUUGCUCUUGUUCCACUUUCCAUUUCCCAAGACUAUAAAAAUGAUGCUACCAGUGAUUGUGUUCUUAAAAGACCACUCCACAACUCAAAAACACUUCAGUGCUUUAUGGGUGGGAGUAUCCUAGCUUAACCCCUAUGAGAAAUUGGCACCUUUCUAUAUUAACUAUGGAACACCUCCCUAGCUGUCAGCCAGCCAGGAUGGUUUGCUGCCUCCUUCCAUUAACUCCCCUAGCUAACUGCAGUGGCAGGCAACUUGAGCGCAACUACCUACUCCCCCACAUACCUCAGACCAGUUCACCCAGCUACUCCAGACCUCAGAUGAGGUGUCUGUGCAUGCAUGCGCACACGCAACGAUGCACAAGGAUACCAAUUCAAAGGCUUCUCAAUGAGACCUCUUCGGUUAUUUACCCGUGAAGAGAUUAAAAGUCUCUUCUGGGGAAGUAAGGGGAUGGCUUGCUGAGGCUGAAGUUCAUAAGACCUGCAGCCUUCGAAAGCUCGUUUAGGAUAUACUACCAGUAAAGGCAUGCAUGCAUGUAUUAGGUGUAUAUCUACUAAACAAUGGUUUUCUUUAUUUUAUUUUUUGCCUCCUUGGGCAGUGCACUGUCCUUUUAAGCAAGGCUGACUAUUUCCAAUGUUUAAAAUACACAUUUAUAGAAUAGCCAUAGGACCAAUUAGAGACAAAAUAGGCAAUCCUAACGGACGAUGUUUGUGGGUAUGCUUUCGGUGUAUGGCUUUAUUGUAUUUUUAUGAAACCUUUCCAAAUACUAAAGAGUGAUUGCUUAAUGACAGGUCACAGCUAUGUUGUGAAUAGUUUUUCCCUCCUAUAGGCAGUGACAAUCCUAACAUACAAAACUAUAUUGCUAUAAUUGUGCACAUCUUGUGCUGUUCAGCUCUACACAUUUCUUCUCUCUUUGCUAUAACUAGCAUGACUCUCGUGGCUUGCUAUAAAUAUUAUGUGUUCAUUUUGCAUGUGUUGCACAUUCUAAAGGCCAAAUAUUAAAAGACUUGUUGAAAUCAACCAUGUGAAUCUGUUUUCUAUGCAGUGCUUGAGUGGUCCUCUUGUGAAGCCUAUGAUGUAAGUAUUGUGAAUAUUGUAAUGUACUUGUAACAUUUAGCUAGUUAUGCAGCAAUGUUAAUGAUGCUUUACCAUAAGAUCUGUUCCAGCUGACUUUAAUAUGGAUUUAUGUAGUAUAAUACAAUAUGCAGUAAUGGUACAGAAUCCCAUAAUGUUCAUGAUAUAAUAUAAGUACUCAAUCUCAUAACCACCUAUGCACUGAGGGUGAGUUGUAGAUGUUCUUAUGUUAAUUAGCCAUACUAUUUUGUUUUUGUGUUUUUUAUUUAAAGAGUAACUAGCGGGUACAUUGGCUUUCUAUCGUUGCAAGUCCAUAUUUAUAUUUAGAGAUAUUAGACCAAAGUAUGCAUAGUACAUUGACUGUAUAAGAUAUAUUGAUGACCAUUGUAAUUACGAUUGAAGUAAACUGUUUUCUUGCACUCAUUACGACGACAAUGAUGAAACUGGCUUGGAAGGAGUUUUUUGUGCCUUGGUAAUCUUGAUGAGUAGUUGGUAAAAUAAGUUGUGCCAGAACCCAUACUUUUCAAUUGAUGGUAACUAAAUAAAAUAUUGUUUAAGUGCUGGGAUAAUGGAGGCUGCCAUUGCUAAAGAUUUUUGUGCCGAUUACAAAGCCUUAAUAUCCCUACUGCCAUAUUUAUUUGAUCUUGUAUAGUAGAUAUUCAAUUGCUCAGGAAAAAGAGAGCAGAACUGAUUAUUACACGGGUAUUACGUGGCACAUCAGAUAUAUAUUUUUAUGACUUUUGCUGUCUGAAAUCUAGUUGACGAGAAUGGUAAAUGAUCAUAGCUAUGACCCAUGUUGUUAUUACAUCAUAUGCUUAUUUUCAUGUGUAUUGCCAUAGUGCUUGCAGGACAUUUUUGUACGGCCAUUAAUUGUGUGGCUAUGAAUAGAAUAGUUAAUAGGGAAAUAAGCUAGAAAUGAAAUACUUAUAUUUCAAAAUGUUUUUUUUUUUAAACAAAGUCUAUUCAUUUACUUCUAGCAGUAAGGGACAUAUAGAUCUGUAGUUUAAUGGUUUGUGUUGAUGUCAUUAAACUUGAAAAAUAACUUUGUUUUAAAAAAAAAUGUAUUUUAAAUUUUAUUUAAAAAAAAAAACCUUUUAUGAUCGAGGUUUGCCUUGUUACACUGGCAGUCCUGACUCCAUGGGGUGUUUCCAAAGUGCCCUCUAUAAUGAAGAAAUGGAAUGCACUUUGUAAGUUGCAUGCCAUUUCCCUUGGUGAUGCUCUCUGAACGGGUGGGCUAACAGUAGUUGGGUUUUCAGGUACACAUUUUAACAGAGACUGUACUUCAGAUUCAUUUUGCUGAUAUCCUAUAAUAAUUGACAUUUGCCCAGUACAUUUCACAUGGAACCAUGAAUGAGGAGAGGGAAAUAACCAGAAUGGAUUUUGAAAAAUACACUUUUUUUCCCGUUUGUCUUAUUUUUCAUCCCCUUUAAUUCUCUGGUUUAAAAGUUAGAACACCUUAAGUAGCUCUGCAGCCAUAGAGAGUUCCUUUUUCCAUUGGCUACUGUGAUGAUCGUGUUCCCCACAGACAGUAGGAUCUUUCAGUUUGGUUGCUUCUACAAUAGAGAAAGCAGAAGCUAUAUUUCUAUACUAAUCCAGUACCGAAGAAUAAGUCUUUGUUGAAAACUAGAAUUUAUAUUAUAAGGUUUCGUUUUUUUUUUUUUAUAUUUAAGUAGGGCGUUUACAAGUUCAUUUUUAAAUGAGAAAAUAUACAGAAGUAUGAAUUGCUGCUCAAAUAUCUUUACUAUUGCAGCAUUCCUGAGAUAUAUAUAUAUAUAUAUAUCUAUAUAAGUAAUAUUCAAGAGUUCUAGACCUCAAUAUGCACUCCCUAAAAUGAGUGCGUGUGAUGUAUUCUGUGCUUAAUAAUGGUCUUUCCCUGUGACAUCUCUGCAUAUCUUAAGUCUAUAGAUUGCUUUGCUGAUGACAUUUAUAGAGACCCUGGCUUCAUGGUGCUCCUAUUGCAGUUACCGAUUUCCUGGUGAGUGUUCCAUGUAGUGAGAUCACGCUAUGUAUGGCAUCAGCUUCAAUAUGUAUAGACCUCUAUUGGGCUAUUACACUCCUUUUACAGUAGAAGCAUAAAGCACUUUUAAUGUCUGCCAUUGUUGAUAUAUGCAUUUGCUUAUAUACAGUAUAUUCCUUGUAAAUAAAAUCUAUAUGUAUAUUUGUUCUCUGUACAAAGAAUAUCAUUUGUGUUUGAAAUAUUUUGUUUAUUAGAAAUUAAAAACUCAAACUUGAAUUGUUCUUGUUAUUUUAAUAUAUAUUUUUGUAGCACAUUUGUCAGUCGGUUCAAAUUCACCUCACAUACAAAUGUUAUGCAAUAAACCAGUUAUAAUGUACAAAAUCUAUGUAUUAAUUGUUAAUAAAAUGCUCCC